AUGUGGCAAAGCCCUCUUUCUGCCGCCAUAGCUGCAACUCAAGCACAGGCGAACACUAACCUCCUGCAGCAGAUUUCAAUGUUGCAAAACCUACAUCAUCAGCCACAGUCGUCGUCCAAUUACCUGCAAGCAACUGUUGCUUCACCGCAUGUCGCUAACAAUACAACAGUGAAGCAAGAACCAUCUGAUGUUCGACUCGUCCCGCGUUCUACGACAGUCUCAGCCAGCAACGGGUCUUCUUCGCAAGCUCACACUUCUUCCCUGUACACUACGAGUAAUCUUCCGUCGGUAACAAUCUCUUCUUCAAACGUGCCUUCUACCGCCACUACAUCCUCACCUGCCUCAAAGCGAAUAUGUUUUUCGCCUCCAGAGGACUCGAAAUCCAUAGAACCCAUCCAGUCUAGGAGAGAGUCACCUCGCAACGAUAAUUCUUCAAAGACCAGUCAAGGACAAUCUUCUGACCAAUUCUACAACGUCUCCGCAUCAUCAUCGUUCCUUGGCAGCGAAUUCAAUGGAUCAUCCGGACAUUAUUCGUCAUUAAUUCAACCGGUAGUACAUUCUACACCAUUACAAUUAGCCAUAGGUGAAAGUCCACAACCGUUGACAAGCGAACGUAUGGCACAGUAUCUAUGCAAUCGUGAUCAGUAUGACUGCGUCAUAUCCAUAUUUCAUGCAAAAGUGGCGCAAAAGUCAUACGGUAAUGAGAAGAGGUUUUUCUGCCCGCCUCCUUGUAUAUACUUGUUGGGUGAAGGAUGGAAGGAGAAACGAAGUCGAGUAGAAGCCUUGUACAAAUCCUUCAAAGAACAUCAAAAACGAAUGGGUGUUGCUCCAGAGUUAGGGCCUGAACAUGAAAGAAUUUCUGAACAACAGGCCAGUGAACUAUGUGCUUUUAUCGGUAUAGGCGCCCCAUCUGACCAAGAAAGACAACAACUUGAUUUCUCCAACGGAAAAGAUUACUGUGCCGCAAAAACUCUCUACAUCAGCGACUCGGAUAAAAGAAAAUAUUUUGAGUUGUCCAUCCAGUUCUUCUACGGCUGUGGUGUAGAAAUAGGACUUUUCCUAUCACAACGAAUAAAAGUAAUCAGCAAACCGUCAAAGAAGAAGCAAAGCAUGAAAAAUACUGAUUGUAAAUACUUAUGCAUCGCAUCCGGUACAAAGGUAGCACUAUUUAACCGACUUCGGUCUCAGACUGUGAGCACACGUUACUUACAUGUGGAUAAUGGUGCUUUCCAUGCAAGCUCCACCAAAUGGGGAGCGUUCACCAUACAUUUAUUCGACGAUGAACCAACCGCUCCAGAAUCGGAGAAUUUCACCGUGAAAGACGGUUUUGUCUACUAUGGAUCAGUUGUUAAACUGGUUGAUAGCGUCACGGGUAUAGCGCUGCCUCGACUGAAGAUACGAAAGGUUGACAAACAACAUGUUAUCCUGGAUGCAACUACAAAUGAAGAACCAGUAUCACAAUUACAUAAAUGCGCUUUUCAAAUGAUCGACAACGAAACUGUAUACCUAUGUCUAAGCCAUGACAAAAUCAUUCAACAUCAGGCUACACCUAUCGAUGCAACACAUCAUCAGAUCAGUGACGGCGCUGCAUGGACAAUUAUCUCCACAGACAAGGCGGAAUAUCGAUUCUACGAAGCAAUGGGUCCCGUUUCGCAACCGAUUACUCCUGUUCCCGUAGUGAGCGGGCUGGAUAUCACAGGCAGCGAUUCGAUGGCACGUGUUGAGUUGACAGGAUACAAUAUGAAGCCAAAUCUCAAAAUAUGGUUUGGAACAACGCCAGUUGAGACCAUAUACAGAUCUGAUGAAUCGCUCACAUGCCAAGUUCCAUCGCACACAGUUAUCAAAAAUGAAGCGUCCGGUUGGGAUUUUGGAGGCGACGAGGCAGAAGUGCCGAUCACUUUGGUCAGAGAUGACGGGAAGAGAUCAAGUGUGAUACCUCAUGGUCUUGUGGAUGGUAGAAGAAGUGAAGAUGACCUUACUUCUUUGAAGUGUCUACUGAAGGAUGAAAACGAAAUUGCAGCUGUUAAACUAAUUGAGACAGACGACCCGACCGGAGAUGGAUUCGCUCUAGCAUUAGUUACCACCAAUGGAAGAAAGUAUCUCGAGCGUUAUGGACACAAUUAA